AUGGAAGCAUAUAGUACUAUAGAAGAUAACACUUUAUCACGUCAUAAUGCAGACAGUCAAACAAAAUAUGACCUAGAAGUAGAGAGUGAAGCGUUAGAAAGUUAUUAUGGUCCAGAGAGCGAUUCUCCAGAAACAUAUAAUGAAUUAGAUAUUGAUGAAUUACAAAAUAGUGGGAUGGAAGUAGAUGAGGAAGUUGAUACUUUGGACAUUAGCAAUACUGAAAGUUUUUCUAUGGAAAAUGGUAUUGGAGAAGAUAUGGAUCAUGGUGUAAGUGCAGAUGAUGAACCAAUGAAUUUUGAUGUAACGGAUACGAAUGCAGUUAUUAAUAAUGAUGUACUAUUAACAGAUAUAUUCGGAAAAGAUAUCCUAAUUAAGUGA